GGAGCGACUGGAAUGACAAGACUUUUGUGCCUUACUGCCCUGAUCUUCCCCAUUAUGCUCUGCCUCACAACAUCCGCCGCCGGUGCCGCGUCUGACACACUCGACAGCGGCAGCAACAUCACCGACGGUGCAACGCUGGUCUCGGCCGGCGGGUCCUUCACCCUUGGUUUCUUCUCCCCGACCGGGGCGCCAACCAAGAGAUACCUCGGGAUCUGGUUCACCGCCUCACCGGCCGAGGCCAUCUGUUGGGUGGCCAACCGUGAAAAGUUCCUCAGCAACACCUCAGGAGUUGGAGUACUGACCAUCGGCAGCACCGGGAGCCUUCGCCUUGUCGAUGGCUCUGGCCGCACCGCGUGGUCUUCCACCGCGACGAGUUCUUCUGCUCCGCCUGUCGUGGCGCAGGCGCAGCUGCUUGAGUCUGGCAACCUAGUGGUGCGCGACCAGAGCGGCGGCGACGUGCUUUGGCAGUCAUUCGACCACCCGUCGAACACCUUGCUCGCCGGCAUGAGAUUCGGUAAGAACCCACAGACUGGCGCCGAGUGGUUCCUCACGUCGUGGCGUGCGUCGAACGACCCGACGCCGGGUGGCUACCGUCGUGUGCUGGACACCAAGGGACUCCUGGACUCCGUCUCGUGGCAAGGCAACGCCAAGAAGUACCGGACGGGCCCCUGGAACGGGCUGUGGUUCAGUGGCAUCCCGGAGACGGCGUCGUACAAGGAGAUGUACUCCGUCCAGGUCGUCGUCCGCCCCGACGAGAUUGCAUACACCUUCAACGCCGCCGCCGGCGCGCCCUUCUGCCGCCUCGUACUGAAUGAGGUCGGCAUGGUGCAGCAGCUUGGUUGGGACCCUGUCAGCCGGGUGUGGAACGUCUUCACGCAGGCGCCGAGGGACGUCUGCGACGACUACGCCAAGUGCGGCGCGUUCGGCCUGUGCAACGUGAACACGGCGUCCACGCUGUUCUGCAGCUGCGUCGUCGGGUUCAGCCCCGUGAACCCCUCGCAGUGGUCCAUGAGGGAGUCCGGUGGCGGGUGCCGGCGGAACGUGCCGCUGGAGUGCGGCAACGGGACGACGACGGACGGGUUCAGGGUGGUGCGGGCAGUGAAGCUCCCCGACACUGACAACACGACGGUGGACAUGGGCGCGACGCUGGAGCAGUGCAGGGCGAGGUGCCUCGCCAACUGCUCGUGCGUGGCCUAUGCAGCCGCUGACAUCCGAGGAGGGGGUGAUGGCAGUGGCUGCGUCAUGUGGACGGAUGCAAUCGUGGAUGUUCGUUACGUAGAUAAAGGGCAGGAUAUCUACCUGAGGUUGGCGAAGUCUGAAUUAGUUGAGAAGAAGAGGAAUAUGGUGAUAAUAAUCUUGCCACCAGUUACGGCAUGUGUGCUUACGCUCAUGGGGAUAUUCAUUGUUUGGAUAUGGCACAAGCGCAAGCUUAGAGGAAAACGUCGAAACUUGGAUAGCCAGAAGAAGAUGAUGGUAGGACAGCUGGAUGAGUCAAAUACACUUGGUGAUGAAGAUCUCGACCUACCGUUUUUUAGCUUUGGAGAUAUUGUUUCUGCAACAAAUAAUUUUGCUGAAGACAAUAUGCUCGGGCAAGGAGGCUUCGGGAAAGUUUAUAAGGGUAUUCUAGGCGAAAAUAGAGAGGUUGCAAUCAAAAGGCUCAGUCAGGGCUCUGGACAGGGCAUAGAGGAAUUCAGAAAUGAAGUAGUUCUAAUUGCGAAAUUGCAGCACAGAAACCUUGUUAGGCUCCUUGGUUGCUGCAUUCAUGGAGAUGAGAAGUUGCUAAUUUACGAAUAUUUACCAAACAAAAGCUUGGAUUCCUUCAUUUUCGAUGCUGCAAAGAAAAAAGUUCUCGAUUGGCCAACAAGGUUCAGGAUAAUCAAAGGAAUAUCAAGGGGAGUUCUUUAUCUGCACGAGGAUUCAAGAUUGACAAUUGUGCACCGAGAUCUCAAAACAAGCAACAUAUUGUUGGAUGCAGAUAUGAACCCUAAGAUAUCAGAUUUUGGUAUGGCAAGAAUCUUUGGAGGGAACCAACAAGAAGCAAAUACUAACAAAGUUGUUGGGACAUAUGGUUACAUGUCUCCUGAAUAUGCAAUGGAUGGAGCUUUUUCUGUCAUGUCUGAUACAUAUAGCCUUGGGGUUAUACUGUUGGAGAUCAUAAGUGGUCUAAAGUCGUUUCAAAAAAUAAGUGGUCUGAAGAUCACUUCGACUCACUCCACGAGCUUCCGUAACCUAGUAGCUUAUGCAUGGAGCUUAUGGAAUGAUGGCAAGGCAAUGGAUUUGGUGGACCCAUCCCUUAUCGAGAGUUGUUUACCAAAUGAAGCCUUGAGGUGCAUCCACAUAGGACUCUUGUGUGUCCAAGACAAUCCAAAUAGUAGGCCCCUUAUGUCAACGGUUGUGUUCAUGUUGGAGAACGAAGCCGAGUUACCUUCAACCCCAAAACAGCCCCUGUACAUCUCGCAAUGGUAUGAAGCCCAAGGGACAGGAGAGAACACAAACAGUUCCAUGAUGAAUAACAUAAGUGUCUCGGUGUUGGAGGGACGGUAACGUUAAGUGAUUAGGUUGCAUUUGUUUAAUUGGAAUCAAAUUCCAUCGUUGUGAUGAUAAGGAAAGAACGCAUCAUCUUUGCUUGCCGCACAUUGGGAGUCCACCAGGACAAUGAUUUUUUUCGUCUCACAUGGGUGGCCUUAUAUAUGUGAUAUGUCUUUAGGCUUACAAACUAAGUUUAUUUGACGUGUGAUAUAUACUCUUUUGUUUUAA